AUGCCUCCACCAAAAGCAGCAAAGGGUGAAUACAUCGAGACCGACACAGGAAACAAAAUCUCCCGCCGAUCUCAAAUCCACGGCACACAACACAUCAUCCUUGGUGGCAAAACGGUAAUCCAAGCCGAAGCUGUAAUCCGCGGCGACCUGUUCCGCACCGCAACACUCCCCCCAUCCACCACCGAUGCAAACAACCCUGCUGCACCAGCAGCCCCAAACCCCAGCACGCCUAGCGUUGCGAUAACAGUCGGACGAUACAGCUACAUCUCCAAAAGUGCGAUCCUGCGUCCUCCGAGCCGACUACACCGUGGCAUUCACUCGUUCUACCCGCUCAAGAUUGGCGACCAUGUUUUUGUCGGCGAGGGCGCUGUUGUUGAGGCGGCGUCGCUGGGGAAUCAUGUUCAUGUUGGGAAGGGCGCUGCGAUAGGCAGUAUGGCUAUUAUUAAGGACUAUGCCUAUGUGCUUGAUGGCGCGGUUGUCCCGCCUGGUAUGGUGGUGCCGAGUUGGUGUAUUGUUGGUGGGAGGCCGGCGAGGAUUGUCGGGGAGGUUGGGGAGGGUUACGGUGUUGAGGGGGCCGAGGGGGGUAUGGCUAGGGAGAGGUAUCGGGUUGUUGGAAGGCCCUGA